GCGACACCUUUCUUUAUCAAAGGCACGUUUUCACUAUUUCUGCCUUUACGUCUCUCAUAUGUUGCAUUUAAUGUGAUAUUUGGUAAAACUGAGACAAACGUUGUGAUUUUGAAAACAGUUCAUGUUACGCUGACAACAGAAACAUGACUUUUUGGCUAUGAAAUGCCUCCACACACGAGCUUUUGAUAGAGUCGCAACUGGUAUUCGUUGUUGAGCUCUGUUACAAAAAAAGAGAAAUGUCUGGACUUUUACGGAAGAAAAUAAUGUUUUCUUAAGGACGUGCAUGUGAAGUCAAUAGCUACUGAAGAGAGCAGCUGACUGAAAUGGCACAUGUUCGCGCAGAUGCGUCUGAAAUGCAGCUGAAUGGAGUUUCAGAGGUGAUGGAUCUGCUUCAGAUAGACGUGGAGACUGAUGAGGUGGAGAACAGGCCAGGGAGAGAACAUGCAGCAUACUCGAGGAAUGUGUUAAGGAAGCAGCGCAACUGGGAGAGGCAGCUGGCAGCGAAGAAAAGCAGGAGGAAAGAGGAGAAGCAGAGGAGGAAGCUCAACCGUGAGCAGGAGUCAGGUGCCAGCACAGGUAAUCCUCAGUUUACCAAACGGGUCAUGAAGGCGAUCACCAAAGAGCGUUUAGCUGAGGCUCAGUCCACCGGGCUCAAACUCUGCGUUGACCUGAGCAUGACAGACAGCAUGUCUGACAAGGAGAUAAGUCGACUGGCGGGCCAGUUAAGAAGGCUGUACGGGUCGAACAAGAAGGCGUCCCAACCGUUUCACCUCUUCCUGACGGACCUGAGAGAGGACAGCCGUCUCUACAGGGAGUGCAUACGAAUGAACGAAGGUUUCCUCAACUACAUGACUUGGGUUAUUUUCAUUUUUCAGAUGGACAUUACAGAAGAAAGCUGUCUGGACCUUUUUCCUCCAGAAACUGUCGUCUACCUCACGCCAGACGCUGACGAAGCUUUAGAAACAGUGGAUGCCGACAAGGUGUACGUCCUUGGCGGCCUUGUGGACGAAAGCAUCCAGAAGAAGUUGAGCUUCUCGAGGGCCAGAGAACUGAGCGUUCACACGGCGAGGCUGCCUAUAGACGAGUACAUGGUGAAGAGGAACAACGCCAAGAACUUCCACUCAAAGAUCCUGGCUGUUAAUCAAGUGUUUGACAUCUUGUCUGCAUUCUGUAACACAGGCAGCUGGACCGAAGCGCUGCAGGCAUGGUUCCCCCAGGGGAAGGGUUAUGUUGUUGCACCGCUCCCUGUCUCUCCAACGCAGCCUUAGCACGUGUGUUCUCAUGGGUUCCUUCUUUUUGGAUCAUCACUCUCCUGAGUAAUUACCCCAGAGGAGUUGACACAGUGUGAUAAGUGCCUGCUUGAGGAGAGCAAACUGCUGUUUAGCAUUUCUCCAUGUUGUUUAUAUUGGAACUGAAUCAUAUCAUAUUUUGAUGCUUGAGAUGUCUAUUUUUGGCAUUUCCACAGCCACACUGAUUUAUUAUUGAACAAAAACUUCUGCCUGAUAGCCACAUAUUUUUUAAAGGAUUUUGGGUAAUCAAACUGUCCAGGCCUGGAAGGAGGGAGGCAGCCAUGUCUUCAUAAUUGAAUUUAUCUCUACAUGGCACAAAUUUCUCUGGAAAAUAUUUCUGUGUCUAGUUCACUCAUGAUUGAAUAACCGAACCUCCAGUUAAAUAAAGGGGACAUUUCAGUAGGACUGGAUUGAUGAGGCUGAUGAUCAGAGGGCUUACUCGUUGAUGAGGUUGAUGGUUGGAACUUAUUGGACUUUUUGUGUAAGGUUGAACACUUCAUGGCAUCUUGUGAUCUUCGCACAGCGUCACGGAAUAGAAACCAUCUUGAAUGUUCAACAUGGAAUUGCUUGUUGUGUUCAGACUCAGUUAUUAGACUUGAUCAAAACCAAUAAAAAUGGUCAUUCCAACAUGCAUGUUAUUGAGAAAUAUUUAAUUGAUCUGUCUUAAGCACAACUGGGGCUCUUCAAGACGCAGCCAUCUUUUGGUUUUGGCCCUAAAACCAGAGACUUCUAUCAUAAUUUAUCUAAUCUGAUGUGGCUUUUACUGUUUCCUCUGAUCUAACCAGCCUGAUCGAGUCUUUCUGUCUUUUUAUGCACAUUUGUGUAAUUCAAAAGUCUCUUGAAAAUGUGGGCUCGUCCUCCAGAGAUUUGGGUGUGUUUGCACUAUUGAGAGUCCUGUUACUGCAAGGGCAUCUUAUCUUUCAUAUCGCCAGAACACUUGAAUGAGCAGUGCAUGUUGCAUGAACAAAUUCUACCACAAAACAUACGUAGCCCCUGAUAACACUCGUAUCUUCCACUGGUUAAUCGGUUUAUGGUUUAUCGGGUGCAUCCCAAUGGCGACAGGCAACACUGAGCAGCAAAAUAUUUGCAUGCCAAGGAUGCUUUGGUUUGCUGGAACAGAUGUUAAAGCUCUUCCUGUUGUGCUGAGCAUUGACACUGGAGUUAACUUUGCCUCCACUUAAUGGCUCUACUUGUCUCCCAGCUGGAAGUCAACCUCUCGCAUCAAGUGCAAGUUAAAUUUGCCGCAUUUCCACACAACCUCUCUCUGGAAUUGAGCCCCUUGGCGUCCCUGGUCUUCCAGUUUCCUGUUGUGAAUCUAGCCGUGUGAACAAACCUCCAUGGAUGCAUCAAGGAUUUAAAAAAAAAGUGAAACUGGUCUCGGCUACUGUGCUCCCAGCCCCAACCCCCCUUAAUCUUUCUGACACAGAAACAUUCAGAAGCUGAUUAGACUUGUAGGUGGUGAACGCUCUAGAAUUAACCGUUAAAAUAAGGCACCACAAGAUAAUUUGAAGUAAAAUAUAUCCAGAAAAGAUUUGCUUUAUUUGAACUUUUUACCUGCGCUUUUGUUAGCCCACUCUGGAAGUUUUAAGAUGCUAAUCUUCCGACCUAUUAGUCACAAACACACAGGAUUUGCUGCGUGCAUUCAGGCUUCACACGGAUCAGACCUCCUGAUUUUGUUGAUUUUGACUUUCACUCCGCUCUUCCUGCAGAUUUUUAUGUCUCGGCAGAUGUCGGGGCUUGUUUUCUUUGGAACAGCGUCACUGCUCUGCUGCACUGAGCUGAAGGAAACAACAAUGGUUUUUUAUAGAUAUCUAGAAAUCUCCCAGUAGGUAGAUUAUCCAUGACCAAGCUCUGGGGUUAGAAAAACAGGACAUUACAGGAAACACACAAAUAUUUGGUGAACUGAUGGUGGCUGAAAGUGCUCCAAAUUUAAGUCUCAUGUGAUGUACGUUGUUUUAAGAGAGUAUGUGUGAUAUGUUUAAGCAUUUUAUUAGCCAUGCUGGUAGUGUGGCUCCAGGGACUGAAAUGGGACUGCAAUGCAUAGAAUUGGAUGGAUUACUAUGAAAUGUUGUGCUGACAUUCAUUGCUCCCUGAGGAUGAAUCCUGAUUUUCUGAUCCCCUGGCUCUUCCUCUAGCGCCACCAUGAGGUUGACAUUUGCGGUUUUGAGUGUAAUGACUUUCCCAUCACUGAUCUCAAUGCAGGCACGAUCGAGAUAAGACCACAUGUUAAUCACAUCAUUAUCUGCAGAUAACAAGGCUCGUUUUCUCAUGACAACGUGUUAAUUUAUCUUUAUCUUGAGAAAUCAAAAGGCAGAUUUCUCAAAAGAUCAUUUUUAUGAGACUUUGCCAUUUGUUGUAAGAAUGUUUUCCCUGCUGAUUUGAUGUGAGAGCAUUUACAAAAUGACUUCUUAUUAUAAGGGGCUGGCUUACAUACAGCUGCCUACUUAAAGCAAAUGUGUUACUGUGCAGUGAGUGAGAGGAACCGGAAAAGAAACAACCCACGCUGGUGGCUGUUUUAAUUGUGUAAUAAAGUGUGUGCAUGCAUGAGUAAGAUUAAAGUACAGUCUAAUGUGUUAAUCAAUGAUGAAUAUUCCUUAAUCUGACGUUUUAAUCUUAAAUCAGGUGUUGCUGUUGUCGAGACGCCAUCAUGCCAUCAUGGCACACGGGACCAUGCGCCGGCCAUCCAAAGCUGUGCUCGACAACAAGAUGCAUCACAAGUAAUAAGAGGAAACAAACUUUUUGUUUCUCACGUUAAC